UCUGACCAUUGUUGCUCUCGGUCCACCCGUUUGCCGAUGCGCUGGUCGGCCCUGUUUCCAGGAUGGCUGCCCACGCCGCGCAUCUGGCACGUAGCCGACGCUCGUGGAUGGCUGGAUAUAAUGUGGCAGCCACUGUCCGCAAACCUGCACAACGGAGAGACGCCUGUCAUUUCCAGACUGCCGGUGGACCGGUUCGCCUUGGAGGUGCUUCAUAGAGAGGGCUCCGAGCACGUGGCCAGUCGCGGAGAGACCACGGGCACGCGCUGGACGGUGGCACGGCCACUGUGGGGCGCCGCGUACGAGCUCCUGCUGUGGGUGCAGAUUGCUGGCGUGCAGUUCCCCUGGGCUCAGUACAGCGUGCGCGCCAAACUCGGCUGUCCGGACGGCCAGCAGCGCUGCGCUGCCGACGGCGCAGUGUUCGAGCUGCCCGAUGUGCUGUUGUCGUCCUGGGACAGCGCAAACAAUACGCUGACGGCCAACUGGUCGAUGACAUCACAUGGCUGGCGCGUGCCUGAGUUUAUGUUCUCAGUGGUUGUCAGCGAAGCUGGGUCGGGGAUCACCAAUCAGAUAAUCAGCUCGUCAGUGACCGGGCGGGAUAUGCCCAACCUGGCCAGCGAUCAGGAUUAUGAGGUGUUCAUUACACCUGUGGUACCUGAGCUCACGUCGCCCCCAACCUUUCAUCGUAAAGUUGUGCUUGUUUCGACGUCUCCUGCUCAGUCGGCCGAGCUGUCUAAAAUCGUGGAGCAAGGAGGCAGCAGCUCAUCCUCUGUCGCAGCGGUGACCGCGGACGUAUCGCUGCGCGCCUGGCCGCGCUGGGCCGGCGACAUCGCCGUCCAGUGGCGGCCGGCCGUGCUGCGCGGGGAUGGUGGCGACCUGCCGGCCUCCGCCUACCGGCUGGUCGUGUCCGCCGACGGGCGCCAGCUGCGCUCCGACCUCGUGGACGGAGCACGCACCGCGGCCGUCUUCGAGUGGCGCUACACCGGCACCGUGGCAGCCGGCACCGAGUACCGCAUCCACGUGGAGUGCUCCUUCCCGACCAGAAACUUCUCCUGUGGCGCUGUCACCGUGACGCCUACGGCCCCGGAUGCCGCCACACCCACUGACUCCGGCUGGCUGGUGCUGGACGUGCCCGAGCCAGCCGGCUCCUGGGCAGAGGCCAGCAGCACGUGCCAGAGGCGCGGCGGCCACCUGGUGGCGGUCACCUCCGCGGACAGACAGCAGCAGCUGACCGACCUGCUCGAGAGGCGGGGGCUGUCGCAGGCCUGGAUCGGACUCAGCGUCUGCCCGCCUUUCACGGGCGCUUGGUCAGACGGAUCGCGCGCCCGGUUCGAAGACAUGGGCACGCCACCGCCCGCGGCGGCCGGCGAGUGUUGCGUCAAGCUGUUCCGCACGGAAGACGUGACCAGCGGCACGGUACACUACCAGUGGAGGAUGGACAUGUGCCAGUCUGUGCUCCCACCCAUCUGCGCCUCCCGCGUCGAAGGAGAGCUGCUGAACCCGGUGGAGAACCUGACGGCCAGGUCCGAGUACCCUCUCAGCCUGGACCUGUCGUGGCAGCCGCGCAGUUCCGGGUGGGCGCCCAGUUCCUGUCUGAUUCAGGUGUGUCCCACUAGGGACCUGUCGCAGCGCGAAACGUCGCUGACGCUUCCCUGCACCAACUGGACCUCCUCAGACGGGCGCCAAGCUCACAUUUCCGGACUUCCGGGAUACCACGAGUUUCAAGUGACCGUCUGGAGCCAGCUGGCUUCGAUACAGUCCACGGAAGCCGCCUAUGUGACAGCUAGAUCACUGUCGCUGCUGCCGCUGAGUGUGGCCAUCUCCCGCUCCGGCCUGCUGACGGCCGUCUGGCAGCGGAAGGUCGUGGCCGGCGCCGGGGACCAGGCCGCCGACGUGGUCCUCCGGCGAAUGGAUGUGGCUGAGCCGCCCUCGCCCAGUGUGCAGGCCCUCUCGCAGGCUCUGGCCGCCGCCCAGCGGGCUGCGGAUCUGGAAGCUGACGGCGCGGCGAGCGCUGUCGGGGCGGCCACUGCCGAGCCGCUGAGUAGGCUGAGCACGGACCGAGCGCGGCGCCAGCCGUCCGACAACAUCCGCUGGUCGGGCCUGGAGUUGGGCGCCCGCUACCUGCUGGCGCUGUUCGACGCCGACUCCAACCACACCACCGACUACGUGGCAUUCAGCGCCGGGCCCACCUGUAUGUCCGGCGAGUAUCAGCUGGGCGCCCUCUGUUUCUGGCCGUCCCAGGAGGCGGCGACAUACUCAGAGGCUCUGUCCACGUGCGACACCAGCGGCGACGCCCGACCGGCCAGCGCCAGCCUGAGGGCUCGCCCGUGGGUGGCCCCCAUCGCCACCAGAGAGGAGUACCAGCUGGUCAAAAACAUCUCUCUCGUGCUGAACAAGAGCUUCUGGGUCGUCCAACGGGAGAAGCGACGUCGCCGCCGUGACUUGACCCGACGCUCAGAGCCCGGAGAUGUUGAGCUGCUACCCGGCUUCAAGGAGCCGCCCCCUGAGCCGACCUCGGACCCACUGGCCGAGCUGCUCUCUGAGGAUCUGGCGGUGAACACAGCCGAAGAGAACUUUACCGAAAUGGACGCCGCUGCAGAGUCCGACGUGGAGUUUUCCGAGCCGACAGUCCUAAAGCCAUGCACGUAUGUGCAGCAGGACCGCAGCGGCAUCCAGGCCUCCACGAGCAGCUGCGAUCAAGAAAUGCAGGCCAUGUGCAGCACCAACAUAACAGUUCCUGAACUCUAA